AUGUCGAAGCAGAGAGAAGAUGAAGAGCGGGAGGUGACAGAAGAGGAGCAAAGAGAAGAUGAAGAGCAGGAGGUGACAAACCCACAGCCAGGUGGAGGUGCUGCAGAGGAUCCGCCAGAGGACGUCAGAGAGCCGGGAAGUGACAGAGAAGAGGUGCGGGCUCACAGGUCGACCCCAGAUGUGAUGGAGGAGGUGGAGGAAGCUGAAACUCAGGCUGAUCUGCCUGAUGAGUAUCAGACAGCAGGAAGUGGACCCGACUGUCUGGACUUCACAGAUGUGCUGGAGACUGUGGAAGAAGCUGAAAGUCAGGCUGAUCUGCACAAUGACACCGAGCAGCUCAGCGAAGCUCACACAACAGAAAAUGUUGGAAACUCUACAGCUACAGUGAAGGUGGUGCUGGUGCCAGAGGGUCAUGUGAUGACGGUGGCGUUUGCCAUCGGUCUGAGCAUUCAGGAGCUGAAGUGUCACCUCGCCUCGGAGCUCCGGGUUCCUGUGGAGGUGCUGCAGAUUUCUGUGGAUGGCAGGGUGGUGGAAGAGAAGCAGCGCCUGAUGGAACUUGGCGUCCGUCCUCACGGCUCCACCCGGAUGGAGAUGAGCUCCACCGACCCGAUCACCCACCCGCUCCGCCCUGUUCGUCCUCCAGAGCAUGACAACAUGCCAGACGUCAUCACUGUGCGAGUCCAAACAGAUGAUGGAGUCUUCCAGGAGGUGGUGGUGGAGAUCGAGCGUCCCCGCCAGCCUAAAGUUUUCAUGGGCGGCUACAGACACCGGCUGACGGGGGUGGAGUACCACCACACUGCUGUCCAGACCCUGCCCAGGAGGAGACCUGACAGAGGAGUGGUCGUCUUCAGCCGUGACACACAGACAGUGGAGCUGAAGUCUCAGGCCCAGCAGUGUCCGGUCAACGUCUCCACCCAGAUGACCGGGAUCGGCUGCUACAUCUCCUGUAUGAACGACAAGCUGGUUGCCCCUGGCAACUACAUCACCGCCGACGAGCACCACAACAGGAGGCUGAGAGCUGUGAUCUGUCUGCAGUCGUUUGCUCGGCGCUGGCUAGCCCAGCAGGCGGUGGACCGGCUGCGGAGGGAGCGGGACCGGCGGCUGGCCUGGCUGGAGCUGCAGGAGAGGAGGAGGAAGGAGGAGAAGGAAGAGCAGCUGAGAGACCGCCGCCAACGCUGGAUGAACCCGCAGAGGAGAGAAGACUUCAACCUGCUGUACCACGCCCUGGAGAAGUGGAGGUGUGAAGAGGAGCAGCAGAUCAAUUCGUCCCUGCGAGGAGCUGAGAGGAAGGCGGCUCUCUGCCUCCUGCUGGAGCAGGAGACUCAGCUCAUCGCCGCCAUCGGGCGCCACCGCAUCGCUGUACAGAACAACAACUACGACAAAUCCAUCAGGAACUUCCUUGACAAGUCCGCGGCUCCUCAUCAAUGGCGAGCAGCAGACGGUCGACUCAUCGAGAUGGACAGUCAACACACCAUCAGAGCCAGAGAGCUGCGAGAUCUGUAUGAGAGCGUCAGCCUGCCCGCUGCCAGCCAGGAGCAGAGGCUCCACAUUCUGAUGACACUCAAACACACCGUCAAGGAGCAUGAGUGUCAGCUGACCCGGGACAUCGUGGAUUUGAUUGACAGGGAGGUGGACCUGAUGACUAGGGGAGUUAAGGCAGCCAGUCUGGAGGGGCUCAGGAGGAGGAUCUCCACUCUGUUCCUCCAGUACAUCAAAACACCAGCGUUUAACCCUGAAGUGGCGAAGCUGCUGAAGGUUCCCCAGAAUCUGUCCCAGCUGAAGAACGACAUGUUCCUCUGCCGCAGCUGUCAUCGCUACUUGCGCUCCGCCGACUUCAGCCCGGCCGCCAGCACCCGUCUGAGCGGCCGGUGCCGGGACUGUGCCGGACUCGACAACAUAGCUAGAUCCCGCGACGACUUCUCCUGCUACAAAAACAUCCUGAAGAGGCUGAGAGCCGACGAGCUGCAGCUCAAUGAGGAUGCAAAGAUCCCCUUCCUGCUGCAGGUGGAGGACGUGCGGUACCUGGUGGAGGUGGUCUGGACGUCCCGCUCGGCCCUCCACGCCAGCAACGACCUCUACAACCUGGUGUUUGUCCGCUGGGAGCGUAAAAGGGACUGGAGCCCCUGGAACUGCAUCCUUCUGUCCAAAGAGGAGACUUCAGCUCACCUGGAGGUGCAAGACGUCCACAAGGCAUAUGAAGCGACGUUCGUCCGCAGGAUCGAACACAAACACAUGCUGGCUCGACGCCACUUCAGCCAGAUCCCCGUCAUGGCGGAGCACCUGGACUCACAGCCAGCUGCUGCCCUGGGAAACCAGCUCGUCUCCAAGCCCAUCGUCACCACUGCAGUGAAGCACGCCGCCGACACCAUGCGGGCCUCAGCUCGUUAA